AUGGCGAUGGGUUCCUCAGCCAGUGAUUGUCUGGCCUAUUGGGGUCUAUCUGAAAGAGACCGUUCCAGACAAGGCUCGCAGAAGAUGUGGCUGUUCAGUAACAAGGAUUCAACUUCUUCGCUGCCAUCGAUCGGCUCCAUGGGAUUGAACUUCACUAGUGAUCCAGUAGCCGGAUUUGCUCUGACGGCCUCGGAAGAUGCGGUGUACCACACGAUAGACGGUGCCUUUGGUUUAGAGUGGCGAGUUCGAAAUGCAUACAACAAAAAGAAGAAUACCGAUGAAGUCUCAGUAUUCAGUUGUAACCUUCAAUCCUUUCAAUCCAGCAUGCCUAUGACGGGGUCUGUCGUAGAGUCACUUCAUCAAACCACUAGAUGGAUGAAGACUUUGCGUCAUCCGAACAUUCUCAACUGGAUUGCUGGGACAGAGUUAGCCAGUGGCCAAAAGCUUCCGAUUGAAUUCCAUCUCAUCACAGAGCGGGUUGUGCCACUUAGAGACUACUUGCGCGUUAAAGCCGACAGUGGGAAUUUCAAUCUCAUGUCUUCUUGGGGCAUCUAUCAGGUGUACGCAAAUUGUGCACUUCUCGCUUAG